AAGAAGCUGAACAGGCUAUUUUUCACGUGACCUGACAAAGUUCGGGGUGAAAACGCAGCUACCGCUGCAGCUCAGACUGGGGAACUUCUCAGCUGGACUUUUUCCCCAACCUGAAGCGUCGCCAAACGGAGGUUUCUGCGUGGCUCGGCUGCGGUUUUGAAGGGUGGUCUGCUGUCAUGGAGGAAGACUCGGACACUAGAGAGAUUUUGCCUGCAGACGCGCUGGACCCGCAGCCGGCGGAGUCGGUCGAAAGCUCUUCCUCCUGCAGAGCUCCGCCGUACUCGUGUCCCUUUUCGGUCACCGUGGAGCCCGUAUUGUUUCUGUCCACCUUCUCUCUGGCGCUGCAGAUGCCCCUCUACACUCAGUACCUGUGGGACCGCAUUAGCGAGGAUCUGGGCUACAACGGCACGAAAGGAGGAGGAUGCAACUCUUCCGCUCCACACGACCGGCUGCAGAAGGAGGUCGAAGCUCUUACUGCGCACUGGAACUUGUACAUCAGUUUGGGAGGUUUUCUGGUGGGCCUCUUCGUGGUGAUCCUGCUUGGCUCAUGGAGUGAUCAAGCAGGUCGCCGCUUGGUUCUGAUCAUCCCCAGUCUGGGCCUUGCUGUCCAGGCUAGUAUCUAUCUGAUUGUGAUGUACAUGAAGCUGCCUGUAGCCUGGUUCCUCUUGGGAAGGAUCUGCAGUGGCCUCUCUGGGGAUUUUAAUGCCAUCCUGGCUGGCUGUUUUGCUUAUGUAGCAGACACCAGUGACAAGCGCUCUCGCACCUUUCGUGUGGCAAUACUGGAGGCAUGUGUGGGUCUCGCUGGAAUGUUUGCAAGCAUUAUUGGAGGAGAAUGGCGACGUGCACAAGGGUAUAUCAGCCCUUUCUGGCUUGUUCUAGCCAUAAACCUGGCCACAGCGCUGUACGCUUACCUCUUUGUGACUGAAUCGGUCACUCCUGAUCCUGAGGCAAGGCUGUUCUCUGCCCGGCACCACAGAGCUGUCUAUGAUCUCUAUACGUCUGGAGGGCAGGGAGGACACAGGGCUAGGCUGUGGCUCUACACUCUCUGCUUCUUCCUUGUGGUCACUGUGCACUUUGGCUCUCGGGAACUGUAUGUGCUCUAUGAGCUAAGUUCUCCUCUGUGCUGGGACUCUGAGCUGAUUGGCUUUGGUUCUGCUGCUCAGCACAUGUCAUACCUCAGCAGCCUGCUGGGCCUGAAGGCUUUCCAGUUGUGUCUAGAGGAAUCCUGGGUGGCCAUCAUAGGCCUGGCCUCCAACAUCACGAGUUUGGUAGUGUUUUCUGUGGCAAACACCACAGCUCUCAUGUUCACAGGAUAUGGACUGUCUUUAUUCCUAAUGACCUCCACUCCAGUUCUGAGAUCCAAACUAUCCAAACUGGUGGACCCUUCAGAGCAAGGUGCUCUGUUUGCCUGUGUGGCUUGUGUUGAAGGUCUCUGCUCACUGGUGGCCAGUGGAGUCUUUAACUCUCUGUAUCCUGCCACCUUACAUGUCAUGAAGGGCUUCCCCUUCCUCUUCGGAGCCUUUGUACUCCUCAUCCCUGCUGGAAUAAUUGGGAGCUUGAAGUGCCAAGAACAAAGAAUGAUCAACAGGGAAACUGCAGUGAACUGAAAUUGGCUGUGCAAGAUCCUUGCCACUUAAUGACAGCAAAGGGACCCAGAGGCUUUUUACUCAGUUCGUGACCAAGGGUGUGUUUUCUGCAGAAAUGGACAAAUAUGACAAAAGACAUUUCAAGGCACAAAGGUGUGUCUGUGUGCUGCUAAUCAUUUUUAAACCAAAGAACAACCUUCAAAAAACAAUACAUGAUUAAUCAUUUUUAAAUGAUUAAUCAUUUGUAAAGGUGUAGUAGUUAAUACCUCUUUCGAAUACUGAUGUGUACUUUCACAAGUCUUUUUUGGUUUUUAGGUAUUAAUUGAAUAUUGCUCCUGAUAUAAUUGUAUCUCUCCAGCAUCAGAACUGGUAAGUAAGGGAAUUCUGUGUGAACAGAUGUUGAGGAGUCAGCACUGCUAUUUCACUUAAAUUCUUUCAUUUAAAUCUGUCAGUAGUUUACAUCAGUUGCUGAGAUUAACAAGAGGAGUGGCACUGCAGAGCAGUGUCUAAAGAAGUCUGGGAUUACCGAUUUACAUGGUUGUCUGAAUAGAAGUCCCCUAAGUGGACCCAGAUAACAGCACAGGACACAGGUCUCCACUAAAACAUACACAGUUCAGCUCUCACUGGUGCCAUUCUAAAAAACAACAUCCAUCCUUCCAUUGACACCAACAUUCAUGUCUGCUUAUGUUAGUCUUAUUUUAUUUCCUACUAAACGCCCAGGGGGCAGAUGCAGUAUGACAUCAUAACUGGAAAAUGAGACUGUAUGUAAUAUCACUUUUUAUUUUUACAGCCUUAUGACCUAUAUGGAGAGGAAAUUAGUGUCCUGUCAGCUCUAAUAGUACAACCACAGUGCAGAUUUCAAACAAGGAUCUCUAUUUCACACCAGCAUAUACCAGUGAAUACUACUGUACAAUUUAAUUCUGUACAUAAAUAAAGGAAUAUUUUCAAAAACA